UUGUCUCGUAAGACCCGCAUGCAGUAAAGAACGCACUGAGUACACUAAUUCAAAUUUCCUCUGUCAUCACGUUCGCCUUCUCUCAUAGAUCUUAUAUCCUCAGUAGCCAGACGAGAAUUCGUCCUACAAACGAACAUGCCUACCCGCUCUCUCGGCUUUUUUCUCCUCGCUUGUCUUUUACAAUGUAGAUUAUCGUACGAAGCUCGUAUCUUACUGACGACGGGAACAAACUUCGGCAGCCAUUUCUCAGUUUUUUCGACUGUCGGGCAUGCCCUGGUCGACCGAGGUCAUACAGUCACAGCGUUCAUUAGCGAUGCCUAUGCCGAGAAGGCAAACGACCCGCGCCUUGAACACCUCCAAAUCGAAGCCUUUCACGAUAGCAAUGGAGAAGCCACUAGGAAAUAUUCGGACGCAUUUACCAAGCAUCUUAUGGAUAAAAAGUCAUCUGGAUUUACCCGAUUUUUUAAAUGGAUGCCACCGAAUCUCUAUUCCUCCAUCGAAAGUUGCAAGGACAUGAUCAAUCAUUUUGAAAAGAAAGAGCACCACUAUGAUCUGGUCUUGUUGGAUGGACACAGUUCCUGUUCAGUCUUUCUUGCAAGUCGACUAGCAAUUCCCUACGUUCUUCUCAUUCCAAGUGGCAUUAAACCUAGCCUAGCUCGACGUCAUGGGAUCCCGGACACCACCUCUUACUAUCCCGAAAUGUCGACGGGGUUGUCGUACCGCAUGACUUUCUCGCAGCGUGUCUCCAACACCGUCAGCGGCCUCGUAGCCGACAUCGCGAUCUUCUUCGAGUACGACGCUCUUUCUUUUCUACUGAGCAUGCGUUAUAACAUCACGAAGUCAGUUCGUAACCUCGUGUCAAAUGCUCAACUCAUUCUUAUAAACUCUGACUUCUCGGUGGAUUAUCCAUUUCCCUUAUAUCCAAAUGUUGUUACAGUAGGGGGGCUUACUACUCGUCCAAAACAACCCUUAAGUGAGACAUGGGAGGAACUUAUGGCUUCCUCUGGACAACACGGUGUGGUGCUAUUCACACUGGGGACCUAUGCUGGCUCUGCUGCAACGCUACCAUUGUGCGAGAUGGAGAAAUUGUCUCGGGCAUUCAGUGUUGUACCCCAGCGCGUGGUCUGGCAAAUGAAGGGAGAGCCACCCCCGUCAUUACAGGUCGGCGAGAACACGCGAAUCGUGCCAUGGAUGCCCCAAAAUGACCUGCUAGGUGACCCCAGACUAAAGGCACUGGUCUUCCACGGCGGCAACAACGGCAUGUACGAGGCCCUCUACCACGGGGUACCUAUGGUGGUCUUGCCGCUCAUCUUCGACCAUCCCGACGUCGCCGUCCGGAUCGUCGACCGCGGGAUGGGCAUCGCAGUCAACUUCUUCUCGUUCACCAGCGAAGAGUUAACGAAAGCCAUCAACGAUGUCAUCAAUAAUUCGAGCUACAAGGAGAACGUACUUCGAUGGUCGUCCAUCUUCAAGGCCAAUCCGCAGCUUCCCAUGGAGAGAGCUGUAUUCUGGAUCGAGCACGUCCUCAAGUACGGCGGCGACUACCUCCGCACAUCUCGGACUGAGCUCUACUUCUGGCAGGUCUGGUCCCUCGACGUCUACGCCUUUCUCCUCCUCAUAGUCUAUCUGUGCUACCGGGUUCUCAAGUUCAUGUAUAUCCGGCAGUAUCAUCGCAUUCUAUCGAGCGGUUGCUGUCUCAUCGUCGGUUAUCCGCUCCGGAAGCUUUGUCCCGGUCUCAGAUUCCGACUCAACAUGAGCGGUAAUGUGGGGAUGCGUUUCUGGGGAACACGCGGGCCUCGGAACAACGGAAAAGUUUGAUAUUUAAAUAGCUUCUCUUUCUCUUUCUCCCCUCUCUCUUUCUCUCUCUCUCUCUCUCCCUCCCCCCCCCCCCAUCUCUUUCUCUUUGGGCGUCUUUCGAAACACCAAAGUUAUGCUCUUAUGGAUUAUUACCGUGCUUGAUGUAUUUUUUCUAAGGUAGUUGUACACCAAU